AUGGCGCAGGUGGGAGAGGAUGGCGACGAAGCUUGCGGAAGUCCUCAAGAUGUUGGAGCCAAAGGUGCAUGGACGACCAGCGAAAUCGACACUCUCAACGUUCGAGAAGGCCAAAACCUCGAGCUACGUGACGAUCCUGCUCGAUUGAGCUUGGAGCAAGAACGCGGGGUGAACCAACUCUGGUCGAACGAUGUGCUCUAUCGACAUCUCUGUCUGCUGCAAGGAUUAGUUACACAGACUGAAGCCAGCGCGCGUACCUGGAUCGACGCAAUUGUCUUCCGGGCCCUGGCGAUGCUCUCAUCAUCGUUAGCGGAGCAGAGAAAGCAGCUGGUUCUUGGCCUCAAGCUACCUGUCUCCGCUACUGUUGGCCAGGCAGUCUUGAAAGGAUUCAUAGAUUACACUAUCCUCAAGGCCGGAAAGACUCCUGCUGCUUCAUUCCUACGAGCUCCUCAGCUGAGCAAACUCGCCAAAGAGUCCGACCUUGCGCUCUUCGUCGCGGAAGCGAAAGCAGUUGGCGUGCCUCUUGGUCAGCAAGUCCCACAGGCGCUGGGGGAAAUGUAUGCCUGUGCCGCAACUCUUAAAAAGGGUAUUAUACGUGGCGCGUUGACUAAUGGGCGUGUCUGGAUUUUCCUUCUUCUGAAGACAAAUGCCGAUGAGCCUGGCGCAACCUACCAUGUAUCGCACGAGGUCUCGAUUAUGGGAGCGGACCACCUUUUCCGUCCCCAGGUUGAUCCAAAGACGUGUGCGACUGUUGUUGCUAUCGUUGCUUAUUGGAUUGAACACAGCUUCGAGGAUAUUGGAGAUGAGGACUGGUUCAAGUUUGCAUCUCAAUGA